UGCAGUGGCUCGCAUGUCAAGCUAAGGACGCGAGAAAAAAUGUGAUAAAAAGCUGACGAAGUUUGAGACACUGAACGUGCGGUGCAAAGAAGAGGUGAUCGGUGCAAGCCGGCGGCGGCGAUGGCGACGAGGGGGAAGAAGCUGGGCGGCGUCGCCGGCGGCGGCGGCGCGGCGGUGCGCGUCGUCGGCGUCGUCUGCGUCAUGGCGGUGCCGUUGUUUGCGCUGUUGGUGCUCGGCGGAUGGGCCAGCGCGUCCACGGUUUGGCAGAGCGCGGCGAGGCUGACUGCUGUUACUGCAGGAUUCACGAACGCCUCCAAACCCAGCGCCACCGGCGACGCGGCCACCGGCGCCGACGAGCUCUUCGGCGGCUUGCUGGCGGCCGGCGGCUGCUUCGACCGCGGCGCGUGCCUGAGCCGGCACGAGUCCCCGCGCUACUACAAGAGCUCGCCAUUCUCGCCGUCCCCCUACCUCCUCCAGAAGCUCCGCGACUACGAGGCGCGGCACCGGAGGUGCGGCCCGGGCACGCCGGGCUACGCCAAGUCCGACGAGCAGCUCCGGUCCGGCCACAGCUCGGAGGUCAUGGAGUGCAACUACCUCGUCGGACUCCCCUACAAUGGCCUCGGCAACCGCAUGCUCUCGCUGGUCGCCUCCUUCCUCUACGCGCUGCUCACCGACCGCGUCUUCCUCGUCCACUUCCCCGACGACUUCGCCGACCACUUCUGCGAGCCGUUCCCCGGCGGCGAAGGCGAGACGGCGACGACGUGGGUGCUCCCGCCGGACUUCCCCGUCGCCGACCUGUGGCGGCUCGGGGUGCACUCGAACCAGUCGUACGGGAACCUCCUCGCCGCCAAGAAGAUCACCGGCGACCCGGCGAGGGAGACGCCGGUGUCCGUGCCGCCGUACGUGUACCUCCACCUGGCGCACGACCUCCGCGGCGACGACGAGCGGUUCUACUGCAACGACGACCAGCUCGUGCUCGCCAAGGUGAACUGGCUGCUGCUGCAGAGCGACCUCUACUUCGUCCCGUCGCUGUACGCCAUCCCGGAGUUCCAGGACGAGCUCCGGUGGAUGUUCCCGGAGAAGGAGAGCGUCACCCAUCUCCUUGCCCGCUACCUUCUCCACCCUUCCAACUCCGUGUGGGGGAUGGUCAUGAGAUACCACCACGCGUACCUCGCUCCGGCGGCGGAGAUGAUCGGCGUGCAGAUCAGGAUGUUCUCCUGGGCGUCCAUCCCCGUCGACGACAUGUACAAGCAGGUCAUGGCGUGUUCGUCGCAGGAGCGCAUCCUGCCGGACACCGACGGUGGCGACGCGCCGGCGCCGGCCAGGACGAACACGUCCGGCGGCGGCGCGACGACGGCCAUCCUGGUCGCGUCGCUGCAGGUGGAGUACUACGAGAGGCUGAAGGGCAAGUACUACGAGCACGCGGCGACGGCGAGCGGCGGCGGGCGGCGGUGGGUGGGCGUGUUCCAGCCGAGCCACGAGGAGAAGCAGGAGAUGGGGAAGCGGGCGCACAACCAGAAGGCGCUCGCCGAGAUCUACCUGCUCAGCUUCGCCGACGUGCUGCUCACCAGCGGCAUGUCGACGUUCGGGUACAUGAGCAGCGCGCUCGCCGGGCUGCGGCCGGCGAUGCUGCUCACGGCGUUCAACCACAAGGUCCCCCGGACGCCGUGCGUGCGCGCCGUAUCCAUGGAGCCCUGCUUCCACAAGCCGCCGCCCGCCGCCGCGACAUGUCAGGGCAAGCUCGCCGUCAGCGAGAACGUGACACGACACAUCAAGCGCUGUGAGGAUCUAGCCGGAGGCAUUAAGCUUUUUGAUUAACCAUGAAUGAAUUAAUUACUACUCCAAGAUAACUGCGAAUUACACGACCAUUUUUCUCCAUCUAUAAAUGAACUUAUUGCAUCCGUCUCAUAAAAACAAAUGUAGAAAAAUCCUACUAUUACGAGAGUUGUUCAGAUUUGUAGUCGUAGCUCGGAAGAGUCGUAUUCUGUAAUAGGUUUGUUUUUUAUGAGAUGGAUGGGGUAAAGAAAUUUUACGAUCCUAAUUUUUUUUUAAUA